GGUCCAUGGCUGUACCGGCUACGUUCCACUAUCAGGGAACGCGCACUCAGUCGCCAGCUUCUCGGAUAUGUGGAAGGGUCCUCGGCACCGUCGUGGGCCUUGUCAUCGGCUCCUUCUUGCUGGUGCUCAUAGGCAUGAUCGCCAGCAUGGACGUUUUCAUGCCCAGCAACGGCAUCUACCGCAACGUCAGCCACACCAACAUGGGCGUUCUCGAGACCGUGAUCUCGCUCGCGGUGAAGAACAUCGCCGAUCGCUACCUUAAUUCCGGCAACCACGAUGAAUCAGUCCGCACCACCGACCACAAUCACUCUUCAUCGCUGCUCAUCCGAAACAGGUCGCUGGCAUUCCACGAGGAACUGCGCGGACAGAUGGGCGCGCAACCACCCGACGUUGACAACAGCUCGUCUGAAGUAACUACGCCGACUGCUGAGAUUCCCGUAGUGAGACUGACGGCUAAUCAGGGCUUCGGGAGCCGCAAUCCUUCGUUGAAAGCGGCGCGUAAAUUCUGGCGGAAACGUUAGCGCUAGAGACCGAUUUACAUCGGUAGGGUC